AUGAAAGCCAAGUGUCGGGUAAGCUUUGUUCCAUUUUGUUGUGCUGGCUGCGCUUUGUGGCAGAGUAGUCGACACGUGUGGUUGUCGACCCGCGACCGCCCAGGUCUCAAGGAAAUUGCUAAGCGCAUUGCGGCUGCGGCGUUGGGCACAACCACAGCUCUUUCUUUAAUUUUGAGUCCUGCAUUUGCCGCAUCGGAGCUAGUCCGCCUCCCUGCAUCCACCGACCCGGUCAUCUUCGCCGCCCAGCGCACGCUUGUGGAGGCCUGGACCAUUGUGGGUCAGGCCUUCGUGGAUCCGCGGUUCAACGGCCACGACUGGGAGGGCGAGCUGCGGGAGCACAUGAUGGCGGCGUUCAACGCGGAGGAGCCCGAGGCGGCGUUCGGGGAGAUCGGGCGCAUGCUGGGGGAGCUGGGGGAUCCGUACACACGUCGAGUGCCGCCUGAGGAGUACGCCGCCUUCCGGGUGUCCAGUGAGGGGGAGCUCCAGGGCGUGGGUAUGCUGAUCGCCAACGAACCCAUCAACGGUCAUCUGCUCGUACUGGCGCCCAUCAAAGGGGGCCCGGCGGACAGGGCGGGUAUUCUGCCGGGGGACGAGCUCACCUCCAUUAACGGAAUGUCGAUGGAGGGCUGGAACGGCGAGAAGGCCGCUCGGCUGCUUCGCGGCAAGGGUGGUACGGAGGUGCAUGUCCGCCUGGCUCGCCGUACAGGCGGCAUACCCGGCGUGCCCGCACGACCCGACCCCCCGACCCCCGCCGUGGAGUACCGGGAGGUGUCCCUGCGCCGGGAGCGGGUGCAGCUGAGCCCGCUGUUCUCUGCGGCGCUACCGGCGGCAAAUCUGCCCCCCGGUACGGGCGGGGUGAUGCCCGUGGGUACGGACGGUCGCGUACGACAGCCGGAUGGGCCUGUGGGGUACCUGCGGCUGACGUCAUUCUCGUCCAAUGCGGCUUCGGAGAUGCGGGACGCCAUUCAGGAGCUCGAGGCUGCCGGUGCGUCCUCGUACAUUCUGGACUUGCGCAACAACCCGGGGGGUUUGGUCCGCUCCUCCAUUGACAUCGCCCGGCUGUGGCUGGACGGCAGCCCCGUGGUGUUUAACAUCUCCAGUCGUGAGGUGCAGCCCGAUGAGGUUCAGUCCCAGCGGGUCGACCUCCCUGGAGCGGCCCUCACACACCGGCCCCUGGUGGUGCUGGUCAACGCGGCCUCAGCCUCCGCGUCCGAGAUCCUUACGGGGGCGCUGCACGACAACCACCGGGCACUGGUGGUCGGGGACAGCCACACGUACGGCAAGGGCAAGAUCCAAUCCGUGUUUGAAUUGCAGGACGGCAGCGCGCUCUUCGUCACAGUCGCCCGCUAUCAGACCCCCAACGGCACCGAAAUCGACAGAGUGGGCCUCGCACCCGACCGCUCCUGCGCCCUGCCUGCCCUGCCCACCGACGGCGCCGACGGCGGCUUCCGGAGCGGCCUCCCCAUGGUCCCUGGCAGUGAGGAGGCGCUGUUGGAGAGCCUGGCAGACGACCAGUGCGUGGUCGCCGCCCGGGAGGUGCUGCGAGAGGAGGUGGCGAUGGUGGCGAACGCGGCACGUGUGGCGGCGGAUAUUGUACGGCCGGUGUCGUCGUACAAUGCGAUCUGUGUUUGGUGGUUCGACAUUCGAUGCAACACUACAACCGCUCGCAAUAACACAGAAGCCAAGGUGGCUAACCAGCAGAUUAGCAUUGUAGACCUCAGGACAACGGGCAGCUAUAAGGAUGCUGUUUUAUUGAUGCUGUGUGCUGACGCUGUCUCCAUGGAUUCUGGAUCCAAGGGGCAGAGGCCCUCGUCACCAUCGUGA